GUCAACCGGACGUAUAGGUAUCGAAAGGAAAGCCGGUUUCCGCCAACAUUUUUAUCGCGCGAUCCGGUUCGAUUGAAUUCAGUUUCGACCGAGAAACCGUUUGACGAUUAUUCCGCCGCGCUUACGUCUUCGUGAGUUUUCGAACGCACGAUUUUAUUCGGUUCCUCCGGCUAGUCCGGUCGGACUACGCACACGAGUGCGCGGAACGGUGUACAAUAAAAUCGCGUCUUGUUUGCGACCCGUCCGGGAGUUCGUAGUGUCGACGGGUUACAGCUAACAGCUGGACCGAUCUCCACAUUUCGUUCUUCUUCAACGUCACGCCGAACAUGAUAGAAAUUAUCCGACGGGCGACGGCACGCCGGACUAUUCCGUAGACGAUCCCAGGCUAUAAAUAUCGAGAUAAACGGCGCGACGGGGAUUUAAAUUUGGAUCGUAUCGAACGGCACAACCGGCCGGAGGGGUAGGACGAGGACUAUUUUAAAACGAUUGGAAGACGGUUUUAUGUCGGUUUCGGUACGACAAGUAUCCGACGCGUUUGCGAUUGACGUCAACGAGAUUCUCUUCGUAUAGUCCGUCUUCGUGGUAACUGCCGUUAAUAUGGGGAUAAUACUGUCCAGAUUUCAAAAAAAAAAGACAACCAUUGAAAUUUUGGAGGGUCUAGAUGCACAAAUCAAAGACAUCCAACAGUAUGGACAGACUACGGAACAAAGACACAAAAAAAUAGUAGGAACUAUCAUCAUUUAUGGAGUUGUCCUUUAUGUUAUGAUAGCAUUCAUCUUUUACUUUUGUUUCUUCCCAGCGUCAUUAUACGAUCAGAUCUUUUAUAUAACACCAUUACUAUUUUUUCCAAUUUUAAUACUUUUAACAAAGAAAAUGGUUUCAUGGUAUUAUAAUCGUAAAAUUACUCUUAACCAAGAAAAAUUGUCUACUGCCAUGGCAGAAAAAAAGAAGAUAUUAAACGAAGUUACCGAAACGGAGACGUAUAAGAAAGCUAAAGAAAUAUUAUUAAAAUUUGCACCAGACGAAUUAACCAAUAACAUGUCACCUUUAACUCCGAAGCUUAUUUCCCAUAGGAUGUACGUACCAUCUGAAACACCUCGGCGUCCUACGCCAGAGGCUGUAAUAUCUCCUCUAAAUAGUGACUUAAGAAGAAGAAUUGUAACAAUUCAAAAUCAGCCACAAAAUACACAGAUGGGUGUAUCUGCUUCUGGUCAAACGACACCUCCCAUUAGAUCGAUUAAUCAACCUUUAAAUGCUUCUUUCCAGUCUAGAAUAAUUAAUCCUGCAACCAUGAGUUUUCGAUCACCAUUACCACGACCUGUAUUGCCGCAACAAAGAACAGUCAUUGAUCGUUUGGUUGACUAUUUAGUAGGUGAUGGUCCUGCAAAUCGUUAUGCUUUAAUUUGUCGGCAAUGUGAAUCGCACAAUGGAAUGGCUCUGAAAGAAGAGUUCGAAUAUUUCGCGUACAGAUGUUGUUACUGUGGUUUCUGGAAUCCUGCAAGAAAACAAAAGCCUUCUGCUCCAAAAUUAGAUUUUGAUAAUCCUGCUACAACUUUGAGUGCAGAAUCCGAAGCUAGUUUACCUCAUAAUACAGACGAAGAGACAAUAAAACUUACUGACAAUGAGCUGGAAACAUGUACACAUUCAGAUACAGAUUCAGAUAUUGAAGUAGUUGAAAGACCAGGCGAAACAGCUGACUCUCCUGAAUCCGAAACCAAGGAAUUAUUAAAGGAGAAAAAAUCCGAGGAGAAUGAAGUACAGUCUGAUGAAAUUCAAUCGUAGCACUCAUAACUUUUCUAUUCUAAAAAAAUAACUAGCCUGAAGGCGAAAAAGGAUAUUUGUAAA